AAAACGAGGCAACUCCAGGAGAUUCGAACACAAAUGUUCUUGUGUAGAGGUUAUCUUGAAGUUUCAAGGCGUCUAAGAGCAAACUGCUUUAAUUUUUUGUUAAAAAGAAACAUGAGACUAGUGCAGUUUGUCGCAGAGGGAAAGAAAAGUGUUGGCGUCGAAGUAGAGAAAGAUGGGGCGAUCGUUGACUUGUGCAAAUUUGACGAGUCCGUCCCAAACAACAUGCGCGAGUUCCUCGAGCAAGGAACAAGGACACUCGAGAUUGCUAAAAGGGCACUGGAUUCUAAAAGCAAUUUGGUUGAAAGAUCAAGUGUAGAGCUGAAGGCACCUGUUAAUCCAUCAAAAGUUAUUGGCAUUGGAAUGAAUUAUGUUGAUCAUUGUGAGGAGCAAAAUGCACCAAUCCCAAAAGAACCAAUAGUUUUUGGAAAGUUUCCAAAUACUAUUCAAGAUCCUUUUGGGCCAAUUAUUUAUCCAACAGAGUCAAAUGCUGUUGACUGGGAAGUUGAGCUGGCAAUUGUUAUUGGAAAGCAUGGCACUCACAUAAAGGAGACUGAUGCAUCGAGUUACGUAGCUGGUUAUUGUGUUGCCCAUGAUGUCAGUGCAAGGGACAAACAGUUGCAUUCAAAUGGUGGCCAAUGGCUUCUUGGCAAAACCUUUGAUACCUUUUGUCCAAUUGGACCAGCUUUAGUUACCCCAGACCAAAUCUCUGACCCUCACAAUCUUGGCAUUAGAUGUCGUGUAAAUGGUCAAACAAUGCAAAAUUCUACAACGAAGAAUUUGAUUUUCAAAACGCCACAGAUAAUUUCAUAUAUAUCCAGGUAUUUUUCUUUGGCUCCUGGCGAUGUCAUAGUCACUGGAACACCACCUGGAGUCGGGUGUUUUAGAAAACCACCAACCUAUUUGAAGGUUGGAGAUGUUGUAGAAUGUGAAAUAGAUGAGAUCGGUUGCAUUCGAAACGAAGUUAUAGCUUCAAGCAAGAUUUAGAAGCUUGAGAAAAGUCCGUGAGUUUUCACUAUGGAAAAUGAUCUUUAUACGAUUUUGUGCAUCGCUCUCUAUAAGGUAGAACUCUGAGACAAACUUUUCUAAAUAUCAUUACAUUUUCCAGAAAAAUAUGUAUAUGUAGGAAAAUUGGCUUCAAAAAUGGUUUCAAUUUUAUUUUUGUCCAAUUUUUUUCUUCAUGCCUCUAUUUUUUCUUUUAUGAUUUAUAUUAGAUCAUAGCACCUUAUUUUGUCAUUGAAUUGAUUAAAAUUACUGAAUUUAAAUUGUUUAUGUAAUUUAUGGUUAAAUGUGUGAAUAUCGUUAUUGAUUUUUUUAACUGAAAUAAUUUAUUGAAUGAUGGAAUAGAAUUUGCGGGAGAGUACCGAUCUUCA